AUCCAGUUCAUCAUUCAGUCUUCAGCUCCUCGUUGAACAUCAAACAUGUCUACCUUCGCUUUUGUCUUCCUCUGCAUCCAAGCUUGCUUGGUCCAGCAUGUGUUCAGUCAGUGCACCAGCCCCGCAGCUGUUGUAGAAGCUCCCUUCGGUCUGGCCGCUCGUGGUCUGGCUGGUCCUCUUGGCUGGGCUGCUCCUGGCCUUGCUGCUAACGGUCUCAUUGCUCCCGGCCUUGCUGCUCGUGAACUUAUUGCCCCUGGCAUUGCUGCUCCUGGCCUUGCUGCUAACGGUCUCAUUGCUCCCGGCCUUGCUGCUCGUGAACUUAUUGCCCCUGGCAUUGCUGCUCCCUUCGGUCUGGCCGCUCGUGGUCUGGCUGGUCCUCUUGGCUGGGCUGCUCCUGGCCUUGCUGCUAACGGUCUCAUUGCUCCCGGCCUUGCUGCUCGUGAACUUAUUGCCCCUGGCAUUGCUGCUCCUGGCCUUGCUGCUAACGGUCUCAUUGCUCCCGGCCUUGCUGCUCGUGAACUUAUUGCCCCUGGCAUUGCUGCUCCCUUCGGUCUGGCUUCUCCUUUAGCUUACGAUGGUCUGGCCUACCCUGGAGCUGCUCCUUACGGCGGUGCUGGUGAAGGCAACGUGGCGGUCGCUGGUGAGCUGCCAGUCGCUGGUACUACCGCCGUCGCUGGUCAGGUCCCCAUCAUGGGCGCUGUGAGCUUCGGAGGAGCCAUACCAGCCGCUGGUGCUGUAUCCAUUAAUGGACAAUGCGCUUGCGGUUGUGGGUCUCCUUUCUAUUACUAAAGGAGUUAGAAGUAA